UCAGGCGCUGUGGACAUGUCCGCCAUGUUUUCCAUGGCACUGGGAGCGGAUCAUCCAAGAAAAAUAGCUUCUAAAUCCAGUUAAACUCGACCAGAAAUGGCUUUUCUCACUGGAUUUCGACCGAAUGGGAACAAAUGAAUCCUAUUAUUGUGCAAAAAACGGAGUCCCUUGUGGAUUUAUACCGAGUUUUUGAGCGAAUUCUGGCGCGAUACAUGUUUCCUUCGCAUUCUAUGUAAUUGCGAUAGGGGGCAAACAAUGAGUAAACUAUCGUUCCGUGCGCGAGCGCUAGACGCCGCCAAACCUCUCCCCAUAUACCGCAACAAAGAUCUUCCAGACCUAAAGGACUGCGUUUCGAUCAACCGGGCUGUGCCGCAGAUGCCUACGGGCAUGGAAAAGGAAGAAGAAUCGGAGCACCAUCUCCAAAGGGCCAUCUCUGCCCAGUCGGUUUUCAGGGAGAAGAAGGAGAACAUGGUCAUCCCAGUGCCUGAGGCAGAAAGCAACAUCACUUACUACGACCGCCUCUACAAAGGAGAGCUCAAGAUCCCCAAACAGCUCUUCCACAUCCAGCCUCUGGGUCUAGAUAAUGAGCAGCCAGACUAUGACAUGGACUCAGAGGAUGAGACUCUCCUCAACAGACUCAACCGCAAGAUGGAAAUCAAACCCAUACAAUUUGAGACCAUGGUGGACAGGUUGGAGAAAGCCAGCGCAAACCAGCUGGUCACUAUCACAGAGGCCAAACUCCUGUUGAAUGAGGACGACUAUCUGCUCAAGUCAGUGUAUGACUACUGGGUGAGAAAGAGGAAGAACUGCCGGGGCCCAUCGCUCAUCCCCCUCAUCAAGCAGGAGAAGAGAGAUGGCUCCACCAACAACGACGCCUACGUGGCCUUCAGGCGGCGCACGGAGAAGAUGCAGACCAGGAAGAACCGUAAAAACGAUGAGGCGUCCUAUGAGAAGAUGCUUAAGCUGAGGAGAGAGUUCAGUCGCACGGUCACUAUCCUGGAGAUGAUCAAAAGGAGGGAGAAGAGCAAGAGAGAGUUGUUGCACCUCACCCUGGAGGUGGUCGAGAAGAGAUAUCAGAUGGGUGACUUUACAGGUGAAGUCCUCAGUGAGGUGACUGCUCCUCUUGCUGAGAAACCCAUGUACACCUCUCCAAUCACUCUAAGCAAUGGGAACCGUCAUAACCAUAAAGCAGAGAUCAAAAUCAAGACACACAGAUCAGGUGGGCUCCAGUACCACGGGCACCACAACAUCUCUGUGAAGGAAGAGGAUCCCUUUGACUUUGUCAGACCAAGGAAGAAGUACACCAGGCGGGACCCUCUGUGCCGUCCUGGCAGGCCUGCCAAGCGCCAGCAUGUGGUUAACAAGGCCGAUAUCAAACAGUAUGACUUCCACAGCUCUGGAGAGGAGGACUACCCACUGUCUCCGCCGUCAGAACCGGACGAGGAGAAUGAUCCAGACGGGGCGUUCGCCUUCAGAAGGAAAGCAGGAUGCAGUUACCUAGCUCCCUGUGUGGCCCAGAGCUCUGGGUUCCUGUGGGAACACCCUGAGUUGGUUGGGCUGGAUGCUGUCCGGUAUCGUCACUCCCUCACUGCUCUUUCUGUGCCCCAACGCUGUGUUGGACUGGCCCGCAGGAGGGUGGGUCGAGGUGGCAGGAUUCUGAUGGAUCGAGCCUCAUCUGAACUGGACACUGUUUUAAAGCAACUGGACUCGGCCGUCUACACCUCCUUUGGCCGACCUGGGCCUCCGGACUGCCCUGACCCCUGGCUAUCGUCACAGAACCACAAAACGAUGCCUCGCUCUGGCUCAUCACUGGCAGACAUCCUGAGCAACAUCCAGGAUCUGCGGUGGCGCUGUUUCAGACCAAGGCCCACUCAAGGUGACUGCACUGGGGACAGAAGUACAGGCAGACCUUCUGUGGACUGCAGGUUGUCGGAAGCAUUGUUGGUUCCCGCCAAGAACAGUGGCUCAGUCGGCAUCACAGAGGAGCAGUACCACACUCAUCAGCAGCAGCUGGCUCAGAUGCAGAAACAGCAGCUGGCUCAACUGCAGCUCAAAGCUCCUCCCCAGCCACAGCAUUCCUUACUGCCAGAGCGACAAAACCCACAGACUGCUGGCUCCACUGACUCCAUCAUUUCAAAGACUCUGGACUCAGCCAGUGCCUAUUUUGCGGCAUCCGCUGUGAUCAGUGCUUCGGGACAGGUCAACAAUGAGAACAAACCCCACAAUGCCACCGUCAACGGGGUCUUGCAGCCAUCAGGGCCCUCCAGACCUCCUCACUCCACCACCUCACAUGGUGCCACGGUGUCAGACAGGUCAGGUAGGAGUCUUUGUGGUGGUGGCCCUCUCUUCCCUGCCCACACCACCACCUCCACGCCACAGUCUCUGCCCAACCACCGAGACCAAGGCCAUGGCAGCGCUGUCUCCCCUGCCCACCACCACCACAAUGCCCGGCCCUCGGGCCCCUUGCCUUCUGCCUUAAAGCUGGCCACUGUGGCAACCAGCAGCCUGGACCGCGUGCCCAAGGUGACACCUGCCUCCGCCAUUGGCAGCAUGGCCAGGUAAAACCACAUGGAUAAUCAUGAACCUGAGAGACUUGCAUUGAACGGAAUAUCGGAGACCACAGUACCGAUGGAGGUGACAUAACCCUCUACCCUAUCCUCCCUCGUACCCAUUCUGCUCAGACCGGUGAAUGUGACAAUCGGACUCGUCUGUAGGAAGAAUACAGUCUCCAGCCACCAGAGGGCAAGCGUGUACAAGGACCUAUACAGAACCGAGCAUAUCAAAAUAUUAUAACAAAUUUGUCAAUAUUAUAAAUGUACAUUUUGUAAAUUGGGAAUAUCACUACCUUGUAAGAUAGUAUAUUUGUAUCAUUAGUAUGUUUAUUUUCUGUUACUUGAAUUCAAGAGAAUUUGUCAUCAUGCUUUCGCACUUGAAAAAUGCAAACAAAAUAGUACAUGUAAAAAUGCAAAACGACGUUUGUUGGGAUCAUGAGCAUGAACCACAGAUCCUGUGUCACUCAUUUUCACUAUUUAUUUUGCAAUGUUUACAUUUUUGUAUCUAAAGAGGAAACAAAUCAGCAAAAUAUAGACAUCGGUCUUGCUAGCAUUUGGUUUUUGUGCUUUUUUUUUCUAAUGAUGGAAAAAUGAGCCUGAUUUGAUUUGGUUUCACAAAUUAAAUAGGUAUGGUCUUUUUGUAAGUAGAUUAGUCACAAUUUUCCCCUUCAGACAAGUAUUUUCUGUUACUUUGUCAGAUGUAACAGGAAUUGAUUGUCUUUUUAAUUUUUUAUUCUUUUUUUUUUUCAUUUGAUGCCGAAUUUUCCAAAAACAGUGAAGCAAUCGUAAAAAUUUGCCAGUCGCCAUAUGAACCUAUUUAUUUAAAUUUACAUCUAAAUUAAUAAAUACAUCCUAAAAUCAGUCUGCAGAUGGAAAGCUGGAAAUCUUUUUUUAUAAUAUAUUUGUCUUUUUAAACGGGUAGGGAGUUUAAGCCAAUGAACAGUACACAGGAAUCUUAACAUUCUAUCUGUAAUGUAUUGCGCUGUAUAAUCUUGCAUAUUACUUGGCAACUUUUGAACGACUUACCCCUUUGGAUUGGGGAGUGCACAUCAAUAUUUUUGGUAUUUUUUUUUCUCCUUGGGUCAAGGGGCAAGUAACAUGUUGAAACAAUGUCUGGUGGUCAGUGCUUGACCUCCCCUGUAGAAGAAUGUAGUUGUAGAGAUUCCUGUACAAAUAUUAGAAAACAUGUUUAGAUAAUUAGUAAUACCUAGUGUUCAUGCACUAUUACUUCAGACAUUUUCCCUGUUACUUGUUCUUGAAGUGUUUCAGAAAAAAUGCUGGGAAAUAAAAAUAUAUCUAUACAUAUC